AUGGCGCGGGACCCGGCCUUCGUGCUGCGCUACCUGGCCGAGGUGGAGGAGCUGGCCGAGGACGUGCUGGCGGCGCGGCAGCAGAUCGUGGACCUGGACGUGAAGCGGAACCGGAACCGCGAGGCCCUGCGGGCGCUGCAGAAGGAGCCGGAGCCCGACGGCAAGGCCAUGGUCUGCUUCGGGAACAUGUUCAUCGAGCUCCCAAAGGCACAGACCAAGGAGAUGCUGCAGAAGGACCAGGAACAUCUGGAUGAGGAGAUAAACAACCUCCGGAAAGAGCUGCGCGUGAAGGUCAACCGCCUCUUCGAAGCUCAAGGUAAACCUGAGCUGAAGGGAUUUAACCUGAACCCCAUGACUGCCGAGGAAAUGAAGCUGAUCAACCGCAUCCUGGAGGGCUGAGGUGGCCGUGCCAUUGUCACGGCACAUAUUCGGGCUGUCACCCUUGGAGCUCACACUGCAAUAGCUGCAGCCUUUGGGGUCUGCAGGAGGACAUCGGUGUGCCUGGAGCCCGCCUCGGGUGAGGUGCCUGGGAAGCGUUUGGCUCCUCAGCUACGACGCUGCAGUUUCCUUGGAUCACGAACCCUUUCCUGCUCCUUGCUGCAGCCCGGGUGGCGGAGCUGCGCGGAGGCACGGGCUGGGAGGUAGCACUGGGCAAACGCCCGUGGCCGUGGUGGAAGCAGGUUUAUUAAAAUCAGAGCAGCGGGGCA